AUGCCUCUUUUUGGUAAGUCUCAAAAAAGCCCUGCGGAGCUUGUGAGAUCAUUAAAAGACGCUGUUACGGCGUUAGAAAGAGGUGAUAAGAAAGCCGAAAAAGCACAAGAAGAUGUUAGCAAAAAUUUGGUGUUGAUAAAAAAUAUGCUAUAUGGUACGUCUGAUGCAGAACCGCAAACUGAUAUCAUAGUUGCCCAACUUGCACAGGAGCUCUACAAUACCAAUCUUCUUCUCCUCUUGAUUCAAAAUUUAAACCGAAUCGACUUUGAAGGAAAGAAAGAUGUAGCUCAAGUUUUUAAUAAUGUUUUGAGACGUCAAAUUGGAACCCGCUCACCUACAGUUGAGUACAUAUGUACUAAGCCAGAAAUAUUGUUCACCUUGAUGUCUGGGUAUGAACAUCAGGAGAUAGCAUCUAACUGUGGUACAAUGUUGCGAGAGUGUGCUAGAUAUGAGGCUUUGGCUAAAAUUAUGUUAUAUUCUGAUGACUUUUACAAUUUCUUCCGUUAUGUAGAGGUGUCCACUUUUGAUAUUGCCUCUGAUGCCUUUUCUACCUUUAAGGAAUUGCUAACGAGACACAAGAUGUUAUGUGCUGAAUUCUUGGAAGCUAACUAUGAUAAAGUGUUUAGCCAUUAUCAACGUUUGUUAAAUUCGGAGAAUUAUGUAACUCGACGGCAAAGUCUUAAGCUUCUUGGAGAGUUGCUUUUGGACCGCCACAACUUUUCUAUCAUGACACGCUACAUCACUAAUCCCGAUAAUCUUAAACUUAUGAUGAACAUGCUGAAAGAAAAAUCACGUAAUAUACAAUUUGAGGCCUUUCAUGUUUUUAAGGUAUUUGUAGCAAACCCCAAUAAACCAAAACCAAUAUUGGACAUCUUGUUAAGGAAUCAAGACAAGUUAGUAGAUUUCCUUACCAAAUUCCAUACGGAUCGUUCUGAAGAUGAACAGUUCAAUGAUGAGAAAGCUUACCUUAUAAAGCAAAUCAAAGAGCUUAAGCCGUUAGAACACUAA